AUGCGUCUAUCAUUAAGUUACGCAGCUUCAAAUGGAUACAGAAAUAGUUCUGUUCAUAUAUAUCUAUCUGCUUACGUCUAUCUAUCUGUUCUUAUCUAUCUAUUUAUAUCUAGCUAUCUUUUCAUGUCUAUCUACCUGUUCACAUCUAUCUAUUUAUAUCAUUUAAGAAUAAAAUUAUCUAUCUAUCUAUCUUUGUUCAUUGUCUAUUUGUCUAUCUAUAUUUGUUCAUUGUCUAGCUAUCUAUCUUUGUUCAUUGUCUAUUUGUCUAUCUAUAUUUGUUCAUUGUCUAUCUAUCUAUCAUUGUUCAUUGUCUAUUUGUCUAUCUAUAUUUGUUCAUUGUCUAGCUAUCUAUCUUUGUUCAUUGUCUAUUUGUCUAUCUAUAUUUGUUCAUUGUCUAUCUAUCUAUCUUUGUUCAUUGUCUAUUUGUCUAUCUAUAUUUGUUCAUUGUCUAGCUAUCUAUCUUUGUUCAUUGUCUAUUUGUCUAUCUAUAUUUGUUCAUUGUCUAUCUAUCUUUGUUCAUUGUCUAUUUGUCUAUCUAUAUUUGUUCAUUGUCUAUCUAUCUAUCUAUAUUUGUUCAUUGUCUAUCUAUCUAUCUAUCUUUGUUCAUUGUCUAUUUGUCUAUCUAUAUUUGUUCAUUGUCUAGCUAUCUAUCUUUGUUCAUUGUCUAUUUGUCUAUCUAUAUUUGUUCAUUGUCUAUCUAUCUAUCUAUCUUUGUUCAUUGUCUAUUUGUCUAUCUAUCUUUGUUCAUUGUCUAUCUAUCUAUAUUUGUUCAUUAUCUAUCUAUCUAUCUUUGUUCAUUGUUUAUUUCUCUGUUUAUAUUUGUUCAUUGUCUAUUUGUUUAUCUAUAUUUGUUCAUUGUCUAUCUAUCUAUCUUUGUUCAUUGUUUAUUUCUCUGUCUAUAUUUGUUCAUUGUCUAUCUAUCUUUGUUCAUUGUCUAUUUGUUUAUCUAUAUUUGUUCAUUGUCUAUCUAUCUAUCUAUCUAUCUUUGUUCAUUGUCUAUUUGUCUAUCUAUUUAUCUCUACUACUGUUUCCUCAUGCUGUCACCCGCACUUCACCCCCCCCCAUUUUACUAUUGUCCUUCCCUUCCUCAUCCCCCACUCUCUCCUCGCCUCUUUGCCACAGUUUCUUACUUUGUCGCUGUCACCUUUCUGUAGCAGCAGCAGCAGCUUCAGCAUGUUUCUGUCUACUGCAAUAGCGACCAAGUGUUUCUUCUUCGUUUUCAGCAUCUGUUUUCAUCUUCCCUGUCUCUGUGAACUCGGUGUUUUCUCCCUCCCCCUUUCUCUCUCUUUUUUUUCUCCUUUUCUUUUCUUUUGUCUUUUUCAUUUGCUCUCUCCUUUUCUUUUUUCUCCCUCUUUCUUUUUCUCUCUCUUUUUCUCCCUCCCUAUCUCAUUCCCUACCAAUUCGUUAUAUAUUUUAGUUCAUCUCUCUUCUUCUCCCACUGUUAUUUUUUUUCUCUUGUUCUUUCUUUGUGUAUAUCGCUAUUUCUUCUCACUCUUUCUCUGCAAUAAGCCAGUCUCUAGUUUUUACUCUCUUUCUUUCUCUUUAUUCAUGUUAAUCAAUUCUCUUUCUUUAUCUCUGCCUAAUUAUUCUCUUGUUCUCAUUCUUAACUAA